GUUUUUUUUUUGUAAAUGUGAAUUUAGAAAUCAUUUUGGUUAAUAAAGAUGGCUUCAAGACGUCAAAGUCAAGAUGACCUUGACUUGCAUAAACCCAAAAAUAGAACUGAAUAUGGCAUAGGAAGCUUUUUUGAGAGUAAAGUGAAUAAUGUUGGCUCGUUACCCUGCCUACCAUCCCGUUUUAAAACACUUAAUUGUAAUCAAACUCAGCUAUUUCAUAAUAGCAAAAAUAAAAAUCUGGAAAUGUCAAAUUUAUUACAAGCUGAUGAGCUCUGUAUAAUUGCGACAGAAAUACACUCCAAGAUACAUUCUUGCAGUUCCUACCCUAAUGUAGAGGGGAGUAAAGUUCAACAAUACCAUAGCUGGCCAAAACAAAAAUUCAAAUUGAAAAAAGUUACUCGUAUGGCAUAUCAUAAUUUUGGACUCGACAGUGAUGCAGACGGAUCCUCUGUAAAUGACAAAUCAAAAGAAAUAUGUACAAAAGAUACAAAUCAAUACAAUAUGGACAAUAUUGUUAAAGUUAAUCCUAUGUCAGAAGAAAGUGAUGACUGUAUUAAAAGCAUUGAAGAUAAUAGAAAAUCUGAAUUUGAGCUUGUUUAUGAAGCUAUGGUCGAGAAUUUACAACAAAUUGACAAUGCACUUAAAAUAUCCGAAACCAACUACACCACUAAAAAUGAAUGUUCGUUUCAAACCAGUAGUGCUAGUAAAAAUUCAUUUCAGUCAUAUUCACUUAACAACAGUGACACUGAUAGAAGACUGCAAAAUCAUUUUCCGACCUUUUCCAGCACUAGAAUUAUCUUAAGUGAUGUUGCUGAGAAUGUAACAAGUAGUUCUUGUGAAGAUAGUGAUUCUGAUUCUGGAGUUGGACAGUAUUCUGACUUUAAUCCAUUUUUAUACUCUUCCAAUGGCAUAAAUCCUCCAUUGUUUAAAAAGCGCAAAGAUCUGAUGAUGCAGUGGUUUGCAAGUUUUAGCAAUGAACAAAAAAAUAUUUUUAUUCAACAAUUAGUAACAUCGUGUGGAUUGCCACAAAUGCAUCUUUUAUCUCUAAAAAUGGAGCCGAUUCUUCACAAAGAUUGUCCAGAAAACUGUCGGGAUAUGUUAAGAUGGUUACCAGAAAAUGUAGUUUAUCACAUUUUAAAAUACCUAGACCCAGUAAGUUUAUCUAAUGCCAGUAAAGUGAACCGAACAUGGUAUUGUUAUUCUCAUCAUGGUACCUUAUGGCAACGAUUCUGCAGUUAUCACCAAUUUUCUCUGUCAAGUGUUCGUCAUUAUGAACAAAUAAAGAAACACACUGCUUCUGAUGGCAAGAUACAGUGGAAAUCAAUCUUUGUUGAAAGAUAUCUUUGCAAGAAAAACUGGAGAGAAGGACAGUGUAAAGUUAAAACCUUUGUAGGCCAUACCCAAGGUGUCUCUUGUGUUCAAUUUGACAACAAACGAAUAGUGAGUGGAUCCUCUGAUAAAACAAUUCGGGUAAGAAAUGACUUUGUAAACUUUAUUUUGAAUACUACUACAAAUAUUAAUAAAUUAUUUGUUUGUUAUAACACGAGUUACGAAAAAGAAUUCGCCCGUCAGCAGGAAAGGAGUUUUGCUCAGGUUUGGGACUUGACAUCAAAUUCUAACAAACCGGUCUUAACAUUGGUUGGUCAUUUUGGAACUGUAAGAUGCUUACAAUUAAAUGGCAACCAGGUCAUCAGUGGAUCAGCUGAUGCCACCAUAAAGGUCUGGGAUUUAUCAGUUGGCUCUGAUUGGAAUAUGGCUGCUUGUCGAGUGACAAUGGUUGGACAUUUAGACACAGUGCGCUGUUUGCAAGUUGAUGCAGAGAAAGUUAUAAGCGGUUCAUAUGACAACACUUUGAAAGUUUGGGAUUUGAAAACUGGUCGAUGUAAAUUGACACUCAGGGGUCAUAGUGCUGGUGUGUUGUGUGUGCAGUUUGAUGACCAGAAAAUUGUUUCGGGAAGUUCUGAUAACACCAUAAAGGUGUGGAAUUUGCUUAAUGGGGUGUGUCUUGCAACUUUAAGAGGACAUACUGAUGCAGUCACGUGUUUACAAUUCAAUCAAAAUCGCAUCAUCAGUGGUUCGUUAGACUGCACGUUAAAGUUCUGGGAUAUAAAUUCUGGUCAGUGUAUUGGUACUAUUGAUUGGAUCAGAUCUGAAGGUCACACUCGGGUUGUAAGGUGUCUGCAAGCUGAUAAUUGGAAGAUUGUUAGUGCUGGAGAUGAUAAAACGUUGAAGAUUUGGAGUUUAAAGACUGGAGAGCGUUUUGUCACACUACACAAGCACACAGAUGGAGUGACGUGUUUGCAAUUUGAUGACGUCAUGAUAGUCUCCGGCUCAUAUGAUAAAACUGUAAAAGUUUGGAACUUUUUACCAUAAAAAAAUUUGCUACCUAUUCUGUUUUUUAAAAAAACAAGAAACGGCCGUCCUAUUUUAUUUAUUUAUUUUUCAAGAAACAUAGUUACGCAACAUAGGUGAUACCUUUUUUUGUUAACUGCUAUAAAUAGAUUUAUUUUUAUUAUGAAAAGAAAUUAUAUUUGUAAAUUAUAUAUACUUUUUUAGGCGUAUAUUUAUAAUGCGAAUGAUUGUCUUAACAUUAAGAACUUUGUUCUGUCAUAUGUUUCUAAUUUUUACGCGCAACAUUACACCUUGAUAUGGAGAUGUUUGUCCUUUUUUUAAUACUGGUAUUCUCUGUAAGAAUAACAAACAUUUAUGGGUAGUGCAUUUGACAGAAUGUUUAUCGAUAGUUUAAAAAUAUAUAUUUUAUUAACAAUAAAAUGUAUAAGUUUUUCGGCUUACGCCAUCAUCAGUACAUAAAAUACAUUUGAUUUUUUGAUUUUUUGCGAGUAUUAUGAAUACGAUUUCCGCACACUUUGCUUUCCUAAUCU